AUGGCAUCUUCAAAUGUGACAGCCAUCUUCUCCACAACAACGAGUGUGUUGGUAUCAGAAGUCUUGAGACAACGUGUGGACAGCAAAGGCGAAAGUGAAGUGUUCAGCCCCUCAGAGUAUUUCGUCAAAACCAACGUGCGUCAGGUCUCCGAAAUCGUCAUCGACUUCUGCUUGUCCCUCGUCAUUUCGGUAGUGGGCGUGGUCACAAACGCCAUAAUCCUGGUAGUGUUCUAUCGUCAGGGUUUCAAAGACAGCGUCAAUAUCUCCAUGAGUUACAUCGCCUUCUGGGACUUGGUCAAAUGCAUGGCAGGAACUUUACAGCGAAUGGCGGGUCCAAUCGGUCUAUUCGACGCCGCUGCCAAAAAGAGUUGGACAAACGUGGGCAUUGUGGCGUUUAAUUAUCUCAUAUGUUUCUCCAGCUACGUGUCCAGCGUCUUGGCAGCUUACGUAGCCCUAGAGCGCUGUCUUUGCGUGAGUAUCCCUUUCCAAGUCAAAUUUCUUCUCACCCCGAAGUUCACAUUUGCCGUUUGUACCGCUAUCUCCGUAGUUGUCUUAGGAUCAUUUGCAGUGAUCUGGGGCAUCUAUGACGUGUACAGGGUCUUCGAUGAUACUUACAACAAAACUGUGAUCAUCUACAAAUACAACGAAUUUUAUCAAGAAAACGAGGGCCCUUUAUUCGAGUACUACAAUCUUUCCGGUAUUAUUUGGCCUAUGUUUAGUUUCGUAGUCAUCGUGGUUUGCACUUCAAUCAUUGUGUUUCAGUUACAGAAAUCUUCAAAGUUUCGGUCAGCCAGUAGCAGCGCCGGCAGAGGAGAAGAUCUGGGUCAAGGUCAGAGAGGCAACCAGUUGUCUGGGCGUGACAAGCAAGUGGUCAAGAUGCUGCUGGUCAUCAUCAUAAUCUACGUGGUUAACUUGUCUCCAAGGAUCGCGCUCUAUCUGGCCAAGUAUCUCAUCUACGAUUUUUAUUUUCUGCGGAAUUAUCACAACCUCUUUCUCGUCAUCUCUUACGUGCUGUUCAUUUUUGACCUCUCUAACGGCGCCGUGAACAUUUUCGUGUUCAUGUCCAUGAGCUCCAGCUUCAAGGCAACUUUCUCUCAGACGUUCUCUUUCGGUCGUGGAAGCCAAGGCUCUAAACCAUAG